UCGGUGUGGUAUACAUCCGAAACAUGGAGUCAAUAAAGAGAGUUCCAAUUAAAGAAGAAUUUAAGAAAAAUCCAGAAUUAAAGGAGGAAGAUCUGCAACACUUAAAGGAAUGGUACCAAAAACAGCCUCAUUUUCCGAAGUACAUCGAUGAAAAUGACCUGAUUUUGUUUCUUCAUAGUAAUUAUUAUCGUCUGGAGCCAACAAAAACCACUAUAGAGAAUUAUCUAACAACUAGGACGCACACCCCAGAAUUUUUUUCAAAUAGAGAUCCUUUGGGUUCAAAAGAAUUACGAAAAAUAAUGAGUACAGUGGCGAUAUUGCCGUUAGAGAAACGAACACCAGAAGGUUAUGGGGUUAUGUACAGCCGCCUAAUUAAUCUCGAACCCGAUCGCUUCGUGUUCAACGAAGGUUUGCGUUUGUAUGCCAUGAUCUGUGAGUUGUGGUUGUACCAGGAGGGUACUAUUCCGGGCCACGUGUUCGUCAUCGACGUCCAAGGGGUGCAAAUGACUCACGCGCUUCGAAUAACACCGCUAGCUUUGAAAAAAUGGCUUUAUUACAUUCAAGAGGCAAUACCACUUAGACUCAAGGCCAUGCACUUUCUCAACACGACACCGGUCAUGGAUUUCAUACUGGGACUCAUGAAACCCUUUUUGAAAAAGGAACUUAUGGAAGUGUUGUAUUUACACCAAAACACUGAAAGUUUAUCGAAGCACGUACCCAUUGAUAUGCUGCCGAAUGAGACGGGCGGUAAGGCCGGAUUAAUAAAGAAUCUCUACGCUAAGGUUCUCAAGGAUGUUGAAGAUCAUCGGGAGUAUUUUAUUGAAGAGGAGUCGGUGAUGCGUGUCGAUGAGUCAAAGCGUCCUGGCAAGCCAAAGUCUGCCAGUGAUGUAUUCGGUGUUGAAGGAAGCUUUAAAAAGCUCGAUAUUGAUUGAAAUGGAACCGUCUGCACUUUCAGUCGAUAAAUUAUGCCAGAUUAUCUUUUACUGCUGUUUUAUUGCACUUAUAAUUUACAUAUUACUCUAUUAUGAGAGUUUAACGUACCGUAUGUGAUAAAAAUAAGUUAGUUUUUCUGGCGUUACGGCCAUAGAUUGAAACAUAAUAUAACAUAUUGAAUAAAUAUUUUUUUGGAAAAUG